AUGACUACAGUACAUAAACAAAAAUGGAAAUUUCAGGAAUGUUUAAGCAGGGAACUGAAGUCUGAUAACACAAACACGCCUAUUAAGCAGGAUUUAAUGGAUUCCAGCUGUACGAAUGUCACCUUACGUGGUCGUGUCAAUAAACCGAGUCUAUCGGUUCCAACUGCACGUACCUCAAUUACAUCGGAUAUAGAGUCCACUGAAUUGGCGACUGAACCAAGAUUAUUACGACAAGAGCUGAAGGAGAUGUGCAUUAAUAUGCAGGAAUUAAAGGGCACCAUCACAAAUCUUGUUGUGGCUAUUAACGGAUGCAACCAGCGACUUGACAGCCUCGAAACUCGAGUGUAG